AUGAUUGAUUUAACUGUCAUCCAGUCUUCGAACGCGCAAAUCUCGACUGCUCUCCCUGCUGGUCUUGUCGCCGUUUUCGUUGGAGGGACCGAUGGGAUUGGUGCAGCAACAGCUAAACAGUUUGCAAGACAUGUGCGCGAACCUCGCAUAUACAUUAUCGGACGUUCGCAAAAAUCUGGAAACCGUGUUGUUGAGGAAUGCAAGAAGCUGAAUCAUAGAGGACAAUACAUCUUGCUUCUUGCCGAUGUGAGUCUGCUUUCCGCAGUAGACAACAUCUGUCGGAAGAUUGAGGAGAAGGAAACUGUCGUGAAUCUGUUGUUCCUAAGUGCUGGAAACUUAGGGGCAGCUCAUGAGACUUCAGAAGGUCUCCCAAUGACCAUGGCACUUGUACAUUAUUCCCGAGUGCGAUUCAUACUCAAUUUUCUCCCGCUUAUUCGGCAUGCCCCUGGUCUUCGCCGAGUCGUGAGUGUCUUCUCGGCUCAUAAGGAGGGACACUUUCAUGCAGACGACAUCCAAGCGCGACAUCUCUCUGUGCUAUCCAAACGAGCCCAUAUCGCGACUAUGGUGACCUUGUCACUCGAGGCACUAGCCCGGAAGGCACCAGAAGUCAGUUUUAUUCAUGCAAACCCAGGAACGGUGAAGACGAAAAUGCGAGAUAUGCCGCUGGUGAUGAGAGCCGCGUCCUCAUUGAUUGGUUCAUUCUCGUCUAUUCCACUAGAAGAGAGCGGUGAACGGCAUUUGUUUUUAGCCACGAGUGCGAUGUAUCGUCCUAGCAUUCAGAACCAUGAGAAAGGUGGCAUUAAUGAUGCAGCUUGUGGAGUUCCUUUGGCGAUCGGUUUAACUCCGGCUAUAGGAUCAAAUGGACAGACUAGCAGUGGCGUCUACUCGGUGGAUUGGGAUGGCGAAACUUAUGAGCUGCAUCUUGAAACGUAUCUGCAUAAGCUGAGAGAAAGCGGAGACUUGGAAGAGAUCAACAAGCACACGGAGAAUGAGUUUAAGCGGAUCACAGGGAGUGUGGCAUCAGUAUAA